CACCCGCUGAUCAGAGCUGAUCUGGACUCAGUGCAGAUGGACCGAUCCGCACAAGAGCUGUUCCUGAACUUUUUGGUUGUGUUGAUCACAAUCCUGCUCAUGUGGUUACUGGUCAAACAAUAUCAGGACUCAUGAGGAGUG